AUGUCGUACGCCGUCGAGUCAAAGAAGCGCAAGUUCCACCGUGUGCUGGAGUCCAUCUCCAAGCCCCUCGCGACCGAUACCACCUCCAAACCGACCACCAAAGGGCCCGCCACUGCGACCCAAGACCGCAUUCCAACCAAUCUCUCGAUCAAGAAGGUCCGGCUGAGCGACAACGAUACAUCCGACCUUACAUCUGUGCGCAACUCUGUCCUUAAAAUCUCUCGACCCGCCCAUCGAACCGCAUCCUCUUCCUUAACCACGCGCCCGAAUUUCGUCCCGUGGGAUCGCGCACGAUUCCUCGAACGCCUAGAGACCUUUCGUCGCGUUGACCGAUGGACCUCGAAACCUGCUCCGAUCAAUGAAGUCCAGUGGGCAAAGCGAGGAUGGAUAUGUACGGAUGUGAUGCGAGUCAGCUGCAUCAGUGGGUGUGGCGGCUCGGUAGUUGUCAAGCUUCCGGAUGAGAUUGAUGAGCUUGAUGGAUAUGAUAUGGAGAAAGUUCAAGAACGAAAGGAAGUCCGCACAAAACUCGUCGAGGAAUAUCAGAAGCAAAUCACAGAAGGACAUGGCGACAAUUGCCCGUGGAGGAACAGAGGGUGUGAUGCUACUAUACAGCAUCUGCCUUUAGCAAAUACGGAUGCAGCCAUAUCUGGUCUUCGAAGUCGUUAUCUCCAUCUCUGUCGGCUUGGCGACAAGCUACCAGCUCAUGAUAGCAUCCAGACGCCAGACGGCUUCGAUAUUGAAAGCCUGAUAAAAUCACUGCCAGAAGACUGGUUCAAAGAGUCCAAUGGAGUCCCUGAGUCUACCAACCCACCCGCCGAGGUGAACGGAGACAACAAUGGAACCGCUCAACGGCCAGCGGCUGAGUCGCUGCAAACCAUUAACCAAGCAGCGAUCACUAUGGCUUUCUUCGGCUGGGAUUCCACCAUUGAUGGGUCCAUGGACCUGGCUGCAUGCCGAGCCUGUUUCCGCCGCCUCGGCCUCUGGAUGUACAAACCAAAGGAGAACGGGGAUGUCUCUGUCUACACAUCCCUAGAUGCAGCUGCAGAGCAUAUGGACUACUGCCCAUGGGUCGACCGUGUCGCCCAGAGUGGAACCGGCAAGGCCAACGAGAAGGCCGCGAGUCUACGAAGUGGAUGGGAAAUUGUCACCGAGGCUGUCAAGGUCAAGCACCGCAGACGAAUACGCUCUGUCGCUUCGGUCGAUACCCUUCGCACCGAACCAAGCACUCCCUCUGCAGAGACAUUCAGUGAUGAAGGCGCAGAGAAUGAAGAAACGAAGAAGGCCGCUGACCGUGAGUGGUGGGCUAAGAUUCGACGCAUGAGGCAUGUCUUGACGCAUAAGUCGCCACGGCGCAAACCUGCGCCUCCCCAGUGA